AUGAUUACCCCAAAGGCAACGUAUGAUUCGGUAGCCAAGUUCCAAAAAACGGACCUGCAUCAAGAUCUAGAUUACAUCGUUCUGCAACAACGGAGAACACAGCUAGAGACGCUCAUCAUUGAAAGAGAAUCUUUCGUCAAGAAUCUGUGUUCUCUUUUCCACAAAAUUCAAAAGACCAAGAAUUACCAAGAAUUUGUAGAUGUAUUGGCGGAGAAUAGGGAUUUACUGCGAAAAGUUUUCACUGUGGAGAACGGAUUUCAAAAACAACGAUGGAUUACUGACGACGACAUUCCUCAGAUAGACUGGAACAAGUUUGCUCUAGAUAUCAACGCUUAUAUAGCGGAAAACGAUCAAUUGUUGGCUUUGUAUGAAGAUGGCUUAUUAUGA